AUGGCUGAUUCUGAAUCUGGAGAAAGAAACUAUGACAACAUGCUGAAAAUGCUGUCAGACCUGAAUAAAGACUUGGAAAAGCUACUGGAAGAGAUGGAGAAGAUCUCAGUGCAAGCCACAUGGAUGGCCUACGACAUGGUGGUGAUGCGAACCAACCCCACGCUGGCAGAGUCCAUGCGCCGACUGGAGGAUGCCUUCCUCAACUGCAAGGAGGAGAUGGAGAAGAACUGGCAAGAGCUGCUCAAUGAGACCAAGCACAAACAAUAG